AUCCAUUUACUGAGCCGGCGCUGUGCACAGACUCAGCAGCAGAAGGGGGGGGAUGCAGAAGUGCUCCGUGGCAUCGCUGGAUUUAGAUUAGAGCUCUGCGGCGGCACAGAAUUGAAGCGUCUCCACGCUGGAGCAUCUGUGAAGGGACUUGCUGUAACAGUCAUGCAAGAAAGAUCCACACUGGAUUCAUCUGACCAGGUUACAGAGGAGGUGCUCUUGAGUGCGUGAAGACCGUCUGAGGAACAUCACUGGAGCAGCCCUUGUUCUUUUUGCCUACCAAGUGUGGAAGAUGACCACCAUGCAGAGGCUGCUGCAGCUGCCAGUGAACGCUGUGAACAUGGUGAAGACGGUGCAGAGUCAGGUGCAAGGCCAGGAGGAGGCCAAGAGUCCGGUGCUGACCCCCGACGGCGCUCAGCAGACUUGGUACAACGCCCUCCAACCUGAUGAGCUGCGCCACCUUCGGUCUUCUUCAGGUACAGGUGGAGGUGGAGGUGGAAGUGGAGACCAGGAGGAGCGAGCAACUCUGGAAGAAGGUGGCGGAGGAGGUGGCGGCAGUUUCCAGACUCAACCGCUGCGACACGACGACCUGAAAGAGAUGCUGGACAGCAACAAGGACUCCCUGAAGCUGGAGGCCAUGAAGCGGAUCGUGGCUAUGAUCGCUCGUGGCAAAAACGCGUCCGAUCUCUUCCCAGCGGUGGUGAAAAAUGUUGCCUGCAAAAACAUCGAGGUCAAGAAGUUGGUUUAUGUUUAUCUGGUGCGCUACGCCGAGGAGCAGCAGGAUCUGGCUUUGCUGUCCAUUUCCACCUUCCAGCGUGGCUUGAAGGAUCCAAACCAGCUCAUUAGAGCCAGUGCCCUGCGGGUCCUCUCAAGCAUUCGAGUGACAAUCAUCGUCCCCAUCAUGAUGCUAGCCAUCAAAGAAGCAGCUUCCGACAUGUCUCCGUACGUCAGGAAGACAGCUGCUCAUGCAAUCCCCAAACUGUACAGUUUGGAUCCCGAACAAAAAGACCAGCUGAUAGAAGUCAUAGAGAAGCUGCUGGCAGAUAAAACCACGUUGGUGGCGGGAAGCGUCGUGAUGGCCUUCGAGGAGGUUUGCCCGGAGCGCAUCGAUCUGAUCCACAAGAACUACAGGAAGCUGUGUAACCUCCUGAUCGACGUGGAGGAGUGGGGGCAGGUGGUCAUCAUCAACAUGCUGACCCGAUACGCCAGGACGCAGUUCCUGAACCCAAACAUCAAUGAAUCCCUGCUAGAGGAGGGAGGAGGCGGGGAUAAGAAAUUCUAUGCCUCAGAUGAAGAUGAGGAUGAGGAUGAGGAGAAAGACAAGAAGGCUGAGGCCGUCACCAUGGCAAAGAGGAAGCCGUACGUGAUGGAUCCAGAUCACCGGCUGUUGCUGAGGAACACCAAGCCGCUCUUGCAGAGCCGCAACGCAGCUGUGGUGAUGGCUGUGGCUCAGUUGUACUUCCACCUCGCCCCCAAGGCGGAGGUCGGCGUGAUUGCCAAAGCACUGGUCCGUCUCCUAAGGAGCCACAGUGAAGUCCAGUACGUUGUCCUUCAGAAUGUGGCCACGAUGACCAUUAAAAGACGGGGCAUGUUUGAGCCAUACCUGAAGAGCUUCUACAUCCGCUCCACAGAUCCAACGCAGAUCAAAAUCUUGAAGCUGGAAGUUCUCACAAAUUUGGCAAAUGAGACAAAUAUUUCAACUAUUCUCAGAGAAUUUCAGACCUACAUUAAAAGUAUGGAUAAGGAUUUUGUGGCUGCAACAAUCCAAGCCAUCGGCCGCUGCGCUACCAACAUCGGUGAAGUGAGGGACACCUGUCUGAACGGCCUGGUGCAGCUGCUGUCCAACCGUGACGAGCUGGUGGUGGCUGAGUCUGUGGUUGUUAUCAAGAAACUCCUGCAAAUGCAACCAGAGAAGCACAGCGACAUCAUAAAGCAUAUGGCCAAACUGACAGACAACAUUCAGGUCCCGAUGGCGCGGGCCAGCAUCCUGUGGCUGAUAGGAGAAUACUGUGAACACGUGCCCAAGAUUGCUCCAGACGUCCUGAGGAAGAUGGCCAAGUCCUUCACCAACGAGGAGGACAUCGUCAAGCUGCAGAUCAUCAAUUUGGCUGCCAAGCUGUACCUGACCAACUCCAAACAGACUAAGCUCUUGACUCAGUAUGUCCUCAACCUGGCCAAGUAUGACCAGAACUAUGACAUCCGUGACCGCGCACGCUUCAUUCGUCAGCUCAUUGUUCCCACCGAGAAGAGUGGUGCUCUCAGCAAGUACGCAAAGAAACUGUUCCUCGCCCUCAAACCUGCUCCGGUCCUCGAGUCUCCAUUUAAAGAUCGAGACCACUUCCAGCUGGGUUCACUGUCCCACCUGCUUAAUGCCAAAGCCGGGGGCUACCAGGAGUUGCCUGACUGGCCCGAAGCCGCCCCUGACCCCUCCGUGCGCAACGUGGAGGUGAAGGAGUCUGUUUUUGCGCUGCUUGAAAGAGUCACAACACUAACGAGUGUGCCCGAAUGGACCAAAUGCAGCAGCCGGGAGAAGAGGAAGGAGAAGAAAGUGGAGAAGCCCUUCUACUCGGACUCUGAAGGCGAAUCCGGGGCCACAGAGUCAGCUGACAGCGAGUCGGACUCCGCCAGCGGCUCAGAGAGCGGCAGCGAGGACAGCCGGUCCGGUUCUGAGAGCGAUGAAAGCAAGGAGGCCUCAGAGUCUGAGGAAGAGGAGGAGGAGGACUUGAAGACGAAGAAAAAUAAGGAGAAACCGCUAAAAAAGCCAGUCCAAGAAAGUGAAAGCGAACAGAGCAGCGAGGAAGAAGUCAGGAAGCCCGAGAGGAAGAGCAAACAGAGCAAGAGCGACUCGGAGUCAGAAUCCGAGUCGGAAAGCGAGUCUGAGAGCAGCGAGUCCGAGUCGGAAGACUCUGAAGACUCUGAGCCGGAGCUGAAGAAGAAGAAAAAGGGGGCUCCAUCCAAACCUGCUUUCAAAGCGACCAAGAAGGACAACAAGAAGGAGAAGAAAGAAAUGUCUUUGCUUGAUCUGGACGACUUUGAACCGGCUCCAUCUCCUCAAGUCACCCCCGUCAACUCCUUCCUGUCCAACAGCCUGGUGACCGACCUGGAGGGGCUGUCCCUGUCUGACUCUGCUCUCAUGCCGGCCACCAUCGCCCCGUCCAGCGCGCUCAAGAGCUACGAGCUGCUGCACCGCAUCACGGGGGAGGGCCUGUCGGUGGAGUACUGCUUCAGCCGGCAGCCCUUCAUCACCGACGCCAACAUGGUGGCGGUGCAGGUGCACUUCACCAACAACUCCACCUCCGACACCAAGAGCCUGCACAUGGAGGACGUGAAGCUUCAGUCGGGGAUGAGGGUCAAAGAGUUCCCAGAGAUCGAGUUGCUGCCAGCUGGCGAGACGGCCACGGCGGUGAUGGGCAUCGAUUUUUGUGACUCGACACAAACUGCAAACUUCCAGCUGUGCACUCACACCAGGAAGUUCUUUGUGUCGAUACAGCCGCCUGUUGGGGAGCUGAUGAGGCCUUUCUUCAUGACGGAAAACGAGUUCAAAAAAGAGCAAGGUCAGCUGAUGGGCAUGAACGAGAUCACAGAGAAGCUAAUACUGGAUGUGAAGUGUCGGAACGAGCACGCCAUCGUGCAGAAGGUCACCACCGCCGCCAACCUCAGCAGAGUGCCCUGCGGCUCCGACAAAGAAUGCAGGUUUGCAGGCAGGACGGUGACGAGCAGCAGCUUGGUGCUGGUCACCGUGGCAACCAAAGACCAAGGCGCCGCUCAGCUGACGGUCAACUGCGAGAAGAUGGUGAUCGGCACCAUGCUGGUGAAGGACAUCCUCCUGGCCCUGACUCAGUGACAGGAAGCUCCGCCUCCCGUUCACGAGUCACCGCCGUAGCAUUUCCAAAAAUAAUCCCUAAUCUGCAUCUUUGCAGGGCCGACACUUUCCUUUGAGGAAAGCAGACUAUAUUUGUCUCCCUGAUGCAUAUCUUUCAUAGAGAGAAAUCCUCCUAAAAACAGCAGUUUGACAUAACGUGCUUCAUAACUCAGCUGCUCCUCUACUGAAUCAAGAAGGAUCGAGUCAGAACCGACGGCCUCGUCUGCUGUUCAGUCGUCAGUAUUUCUAUCCAAACUCAAAUACCUCUUAUGUUGUGAAAAGCUUCUGUGCAAAACAACAAAGUUCUGCAGGAAAAGAGAGCAAGCGCCUGCAGAUGUUUCACUGUGGAGUCCAACAUGAAGGUGUGUCAGCAGCCGCUGUCCUCUUCAGAAGGAAUGGAAAAAGUUAUUUUUUGCAGCUUUACGCUUCACCCUAAACAGAAGCGGUAAAACCUGUCCGCUGUAGUCCCACCUGUAAGUGGAUCGUUACACUUUAGCUCCUGAAAUGGUUAUAAAAUGAAAUGUUCUACAAUUUUAUCAUUCAUUUUCCAGCAAAUCAUUCAACUCUGACGUUCUUUGUUGACCGCUUUGACUCAUCAAUCGUUGGAACAUGUAGCAGUCAGUUUCAGGGGGGAACCAUUAAAAAGGCGCACGCUUCCUAGAAAAGCAACACCUUCCAAAGCUACAAUCACGUCUGCUAAGAUUUGGGUUUUAUUUUGGUUUUUCUGUGGGUGUGUUGUGGCUUUCAAAUAUUAAGAGUAUCACUCUGUGUGUGAUUGAAAUGUAACCCUGAGGUUUGACAACUUUAUUUAUUGUACGAAUAAAAACUACAAAGAUAAAAAAAG